AUGCGAUUUAGAGGACGGCAGAGGGCGUUUGUGAAGAAGAGUAAGCUCUGUCUUCAAGAAAGGAGGGAAGGAAGGAGGAGAGCUGAGGUGGGCCUCAAACUACGCCUUGGACGUGUGCUUCCGGGGACACAAUGGACUUUGGGGAUACAGUGGCCUUGGGUCAGGAACACUAGGGUGAGCCAGGGGAGCAAAGGCUCCGAGCGCUUUGGGUGGGCGUGGCGAUGUGUCCUGGGGCGGGGCCUAGGCGGGGCGAGUUCGCGCAGACUCAUAGAGCUCCAGGUCUGCAGGCCAACCCGCGGUCAGUCUGCGGCUGCGGAGACCGUGGGGCGUGAGGCCAUGGCGCUGGUGGGCUUGCUGCUCGGACUGGGGCUGCUGCUGUGUGAACUGGGCAGCCUGGCGAGCGCCGAGCCCCGGGCCCCGCCGGACAGGAUCGCAAUCGUCGGCGCUGGAAUUGGUGGCACUUCCUCAGCCUAUUAUCUUCGGAAGAAAUUUGGGAAGGACGUGAAGAUUGAUGUAUUUGAAAGAGGAGAAGUCGGGGGCCGUUUGGCCACUUUGAAGGUGCAGGGUCAUGACUACGAGGCAGGGGGGUCCGUCAUCCACCCUCUGAAUCUGCACAUGAAGCGCUUCGUCAAAGAUCUGGGCCUCUCCAGUGUUCCGGUUUCUGGUGGCCUGAUGGGGGUAUACGAUGGAAAGUCUCUGGUGUUUGAGGAGAGCAGCUGGUUCAUAAUCAACAUGAUUAAGCUUGUGUGGCGCUAUGGAUUCCAGUCCCUGAGAAUGCACAUGUGGGUAGAAGACCUGCUGGACAAGUUCAUGAGGAUCUAUCGUUAUCAGUCCCAUGACUACGCCUUCAGCAGUGUAGAAAAGUUAAUGUUCGCCAUUGGAGGGGAUGACUACGUCCGACUGCUUAACCAAACUCUCCGUGGAAAUCUGCAGAAAGCAGGCUUCUCUGAGACGUUCCUCAACGAGAUGGUCGCUCCUAUCAUGCGAGUCAAUUUUGGUCAAAGCACUGACCUCAAUGCCUUUGUGGGGGCAGUGUCGAUGACAGCGGCUGAUUCCAACCUUUGGGCAGUAGAAGGUGGUAAUAAAGUUGUUUGCUCAGGGCUCCUUCAAGCCUCCAACAGCAACCUCAUAAGUGGCUCCGUAGUGUCCAUAGAGGAGAAGACAAGGACCAAGCAGACAGGAAGUCCCACGAAGAUGUAUGAAGUGGUAUAUAAAACAGGAUCUGAGACUCAUUCUGGCUUCUAUGACAUUGUCCUUGUGGCUACUCCAUUGAACCAGAAGAUGUCCGACAUAACUUUCCGCAAUUUUGACCCACCCAUCGAGGAAUUCAAUGACCCGUAUCAGCACCUGGUGACAACUUUCAUUAAAGGAGAACUCAAUUCCACUCUCUUCAGCUCCAGACCCAAGGAUCAGUUUGGCCUUUCCACGGUUCUUGUCACUGACGACUCGGAUAUGUUUAUUAACAGCCUGUCCAUUGUGGCCUCUGUAAGAGAUAAGGAGGGUCCAGCCCCGGCAGUGGACGGCAUGCGCGUGUGGAAGACCUUCUCUAGGGACGUUCUCACCAAAGAGCAGAUCUCAAAGCUCUUCCUGUCCUAUGAUUACGCGGCGCGGAAGCAAUGGCUGCCCUAUCCUCACUAUGCGCCCCCUCAGAAGUGUCCCUCCAUCAUCCUCCACGACCGGCUCUAUUACCUCAACGGCAUUGAGUUUGCUGCGAGCUGCAUGGAGAUGAGCGCCAUUGCCGGCUACAAUGCAGCUCUCCUUGCCUACCAUCGCUGGAACGGCAACGAGGACAUGAUUGACCAGGAUGACCUGUAUGAGAAACUUAAGACGGAGCUGUAAGUGAGCACUGCCCUUCCCAGAGCAUCCUGCUCCUGAAGGCCUGAAGCAGCAGAGACGAUUUUGACUCUUUACCAGCACUCUUCGUGUGGGUCACAGGCAAACACGAUGUUCCUGUGCAUAGGAGAGCUUGAUCUUCAGCCAGCAUGUCCUCCUCUUCGGUUUGGGGGAGGUACAGGAGGAUUGAACCUAAGGCCCUGUGCAUGCUAGGCGAACACUCUGCUACUGAGCUGAGCUACACCGAGCCCUCUUUGUGGUUUUUCUUUUGAGACUGGGUCUCACUAAGUUGUUCAGCCUCUGGAGAGCCUGGGUUUACAGGCUCUCGCCAUUAGGCCUGGCUUUUAACUACGGGGAGACAUUGGCAGGGUUCCCCAGACUUUUCGGGGAAGGGUUGUUUUUUUGAGACAGGAUUUCUCUGUAUAACAGUCCUGGCUACUGGAACUUGCUCUGUAGACCAGGCUGGCUUUGAACUCACAGAUCCACCUGCCUCUGCCUCCCAAGUGUUGGGAUUAAAGGCGUGUGCUGCCACCACCCAGUGUUUUAAGAAUCAUCUGGAACUUGAUAAACACCUGGAUUUGGACUCAGUAAGCUGGAUGUGGGCCUGCAUUUGCUUCAAAUUAUAGAGCAAUAUAUUUUUUUUUUCCUUUUUCUCUCUCCCUCUGUUUUUUCCCCCUCUUUGGGAGGUGUUGAAGCUAUGUCUUAUUUUGUACCCCAGACUGGAACUCAUUAUGUAGUCCAGGCUGGUCUUUAAGUCACAGCAAUCCUCCUGUCUCAGCCUCCCAUGUACUGGGAUACAGGCAUGAGGUCCGGUUCCUGGCAGUUUACACUUCCUAAUGUAAAUGUGCGCAAGCUUGAAGUCUUGACUUUAAGAAUGUGCUUCCCUUAUUGCUUCCAUCUUGGUUUUAUCAUGGAUAGGCUAUUAAAUCAGCAUAUUGACACUAUGGUACCAGGCCCUCCUGUGAGGAGGCCUGUGUGUUUCUACGCUGUGCAAGGGAUUGAGCCCAAGACCCUGAGUAUCCCAGACGAGGCCAAGUGCUCUUCCACUGAGCUACAGUCUCAGCCCCAAGAAUAGCCCCAAGAACUCCUGGGCCCCACAUCCAGAGAUGGGAUUUCCUGGGUUGAGAAUGGGGUCUUGGCCCUGUAGCUUUGUCAAGUUCAAGUUCCUAGCCUGCAGCCAAAGGUGAGCAAAUUCUGGAUGUGGGGUUAGACCUUCUAUAGAGAUCUUUGAGUGCCUUAAAAGUGCUAAGGAACACAAACCAUGACCGUAGCAGACCCAUGUCAGAGGUGACUACUCGGUCCAUCCUCAGCACUGGUUGCCAUGGAGACUAGCACUGCAGCAGAGGCAAGUGGGGCAGCCCAGAGCAGCUGACCGUAGAGCCAGGCUCCAUGGCGACAUAGUUCAGAGGAGAUCACUUCAGAUGCUGAGCAUUCCGGGUGAGAGGGCGUCGCUGAAAUCUUAAGAUGGCGAGUGGCUCUCAGCUGGGGUUGUCUGUGGCAGCUCAGGGUUCUCAUAUGUAGUCACACCUAAGAAAUCUAGCUUUUUGUCCACCGCUAGGUCACCAGGGACCAUCAUAGUCACUAUAGAGAAAAAAAGCAAUUUUGCCUGCCUUGGUGGUGCGUGUGUGUAAACUCAGUACUUUUCACGGCAGAAGCAAGAGGAUCAAGAGUUCAAAGCCAGCCUGGGCUGUAGCAACACCCUGUCUCAAGGAAUAAAAUCCAGGUCUCUUCACCGUAUUAUAGCAUUGCAUCAACAAAGUGGUCUAAGAAAAUCCUGAUUCUUAAAAAUUAUUCUCCCUGGUACAGCUGUGGGUAUUAAUGUGUGGAGAAAGCAGCCGUGAUGUAGGGUAUCAUGACAGGAAUAAUUAAGCUCAUUGUCUAGCAAGAGGUUGGCAUUCUUUCUGAUGUGUCCAGAGACGUUUGUAUUUUUUCCUGUUGUGGUUUUAAUGAACAUGGUUUGUCAAGAACACUGUUGUGGAUUUGAUACAGCAGCUCCUCAUCUGAGGGAUGGAUGUGUUUCGUGACCCUCAGUGGGCAACCGGAGCUGGGAAGCAGUGAGCCCCAUCUGUUCUAUUUUCCACAUGUACAAUAUACCUAUGAUGGAGUUUUAAUUUAUAAAUUUGGCACAGUAAGAGAUUAACAACAUUAAUUAUAAAAUAGAAAAAUUGUAACAAUUUACCAUAAUGGAAGUCAAUUAAAAUUUACAACUUA